AUGACGAAAUCUGCUUCACGACAGAAGGCAAACAACGCCAACGGUAGCAAGAAUGCGACUAUCACGUCGACAGCCAACGCACCUGUGAACCCGGCCGGUACUAAAUCUACCAAUAAAAACCCGAACGUCGCUCAGAAUGCCAAUGCAAACGUCAACAAGGCUGCAAACAAGAACUUCGGUAAGAUGAUCGCACUCACCGACGUGACUCCAGCGAGCGUUCAACAAGCUCGCCAGAUCCGGAAGACAGACUUCGAGCGCUUCCAGAAGUUCCACAACUUCUUUAUUGCCAAUGAAGAACCGACGGCGCGUGUGAUCAACAGCAAGGCCAACACUAAACGCGAGCAGGUGGAUCAGUGGCUUGCCGGCGCCGUAAAUCCGAAGACGCUUGCGUGUAUCCAGGAGAUCCAGGAAACCCAACCGGGGCUACUAGAACUGCUGGUCGUGUCGGCCGCGCUCACCAAAUACGGCGAGAAGGAGCUGGCUCGCAGGGAUGACCUAGGCGAGAUGGACUACGUGGUUGGUGCUCGCUUCGGUACGAACGGAUUGCGCUCGAAGCAGCAUGUGCAGCACACUGUGGGUAUGAGCUUCGUGCUGCGCUUGGUGCUCGACCUGGCGCCGGAGAAACGUGCUGGAUUCGACUUUAGUGAAAAGCGUUUCACUAUAAAAUAUGGAGACAAGAUCAACCAAGGAUCGGCGCAAGAUCAAGAAAGCGGCAUCGCGCACCCCAUCUUCACGCCGGUGCUUGCCCCUGAGAUUACGUCGACCUCCCAUGCUGCUUUGGUCAAGUGGCGAAAGAAGCGAACUGUUUACGAGGACAUCAUGCGGGCCCGUUGCCAGACUUCCGGAGAAGACUUUGAUGCAGUAACAAGGUCUGUGAAGGACUCUUUUGACCGGAAGCUGCUGGAGACCUGGUGUCGACUUCGCUGGCAAAUCGCAGUGGAUGAUGUCGAUGACGACAGACUGCGCACGGAGAUUGAUGGCAUUAUCAACUCUGUCAAUAACCACUUUACCCGACGUGCAAGCCUUGUUCAAGAAAGAUUUUCAUCUCAACUGGAAGUAGAGUGA